AUGGCGCUCGGCGACAAUCGCGCCUUGAUUUCCUGCGGCCUCGUCACGAAUGAUGGUCAUUUCCUCACUGGGCUUCCGCUUCCCACUGAUCACCGCUCAUACAUCCAUUGUUCGUUCCUUACGGACACUGAGUGUCCUGAUCCCUGCCUCGAGCUUUUCUUUCAGUGUCGUGCAUACCGUGACUACCAAGGAUACCGGAACUUGCAUCGUACCCACGCCAGGUUCACAUCGACUGAUGUCGCGGAGCUGAGAAUCAUCCGACUCGAGGCCCCUAAUAAUGAGAACAUGCCAGUGGAGCUACGGAAGCUGACAUUUCAACCUUCGGCCAGGGGACAAGUUCAAAUAUAUCCUCUCCCCUGCCGCCGCCCUCGAGAACGCUUCUAG